UAGCAGGGUAAAAGGAGGUUUUUUCGUAGCUUAGUUUCUUUUGUUGUUUUGGCGGAUUGGCGCCUUAAAUACAUAUUUUAGUUGAUUAACGAUUAAUAUCCUUUAUAUUUUACAUCAUGUCUGAGGCAGAUUUAAACGUUCAAGUCAAUAUUGUGGAUGGGGGUGAUGGAGAUGGCGAUGGUGAUCAUGAUCCUCAUUAUGAUCCAAUUAUUUCGCUUCCAGAAGUAGCAGUUUCCACUAAUGAAGAAGACGAAAUAGAAUUAAUUAAGCUUCGAGCUAAACUUUAUCGGUAUGAUACAAGUGAAAACCCACCGGAAUGGAAAGAAAGAGGGACAGGAGAUGUAAAACUUUUACGACAUCAGACCAAGAACACUGUUCGUGUUGUCAUGCGUCGAGACAAAACUCUAAAAAUAUGUGCAAACCAUUUCGUGACACCUAACAUGGAGCUGAAGCCCAACUGUGGUUCCGAUCGUGCCUGGGUCUGGUCAGCACUGGCUGACUACACCAAUGAGACAGCCCAGACUGAACUGCUCGCCAUUCGAUUUGCAAAUGCUGACAAUGCAAAAAAAUGGAAGGAGAUGUUCGAAGAAGCUAAAACAAUAGUUGCUACCAAGUGUGAUUUGUACACAAAGGUGCCAGAUGAUUUAAAAGAAGAAGAAACAGAAUCCUCAGGAAGUGAUGAAGAAAAUGAUGUUGAAGAAUCCUUACAAAACCUAAAUUUAAAUGAAACCCAACCAGAGAAGAAAGAUUCUGAAAAAGAAAAAUCGCCAACAAAAGAAGAACCUGUAGACAAAUAAUAAGCAAAAUAUGUGUGAUGAUGAUUAUUAUAUAUUUUUAUUAAUUCAUUUGUGUGAAUUUUGUUGCCUUUCUUAAGACUAUUUUUAUGACAAAAGGCAGACAUUCCUGUAUUUAAGACCAAAGCUCUUUUUUAUAAAUCAUUAAUGAAUGGUGUAUGUUCUAGACCAUAUUUUUUUACUUUGUUAUGACUUUGAUAAUUAUUCUGUAUCAAAAUGCAUUUUAAAAUCAUAAAUUAUCACUUGUGUGUAAAAUGUUUCACUGUAGUUUCGAUAUUGCUUGUGUUUAGUUUUAAAUUUCAGAGUAUUUUUCACUGUUACUUGUAAAACUAAAAUAAUACCAUGUAUCAAUAAUAUUAUUUUUGCAACAUAAUUGUAAAAUUUAUAGUACGGAAUAAAAUGGAUAAUGCUAUUUAUUAAAAA